AUGAAGGCGCUACUUGUCGCCGCUGUGCUAUUGAUCAAGAUUCUUUUCGGGCAAGCAAACAAGCAGGCGGUCGGUCAGUCUCGAUUUCUGCAGGACUUUGUGGAGUUUUAUAAUAUCAAACAUGUCUGCUUCAUCAAAAAUGAUCAAAAACUUCGGAUUCUUCAGACAGUUGCACAGCUUGCAAGUUCCUCUCAUAUUUACGUUUCCGUAGUUGACGCAGCGGGGUCGCAAGUACACAAUGCAACAUCAUCUCACAUAACGAACUCGGUUGCUCGUUGUGAGGGACUUAUUAUGAUGCAAUUGCAAACCCAAUUUGAUCAAGCAUUCUUCAAGAUGAUUUUCAACGGGCCUCAGACUAAAUCAAGAUGGCUGCUACUCUCAGACCAAACGUUCAGAGAAAUGCUCCGACCGCUCUAUCUCCCAAUCAAUAACAUAGUAAAGUGUAUACAGAAGGAUAUCGCAUUAUGAAUAAGAAAAAAUUAUACCUCUGACUGGAAACCUAUGUAUCACGCUAUUGUCAUCAUCUAUAAGAUUUCGUCAAUGAGGCCUAUAUGAUUUAUUAGUGAUGAUUAUGGACACGCAGACUUACUCUACUACAUUUACUACUAAAGUUAUUACUACAAU